AUGGACGACGAGGGGGAUGCCAGUGGCGAGUGGGCGCAGUGGUUCUGUGGAAAGCAGUCUGCUGAAAACGAUGCCGGUUGGAAUCAUCAGAACACUUGUACCGUGGACCUUAUCAACGCCAGUAUACAUUUAGGAUUUCUGAUCCUGGCUGCGUUGAUAUUGCUCGUCUGUACUUGCAGUACGCGGUUACGUCGCUGCCGGUCAAAGACCCUGAUAACACUCCCAUACCACGAUGUACGGUACAUUCUGGCAGUUGUUUUUUCAUUUGUUUUUCUCUGCAGCCUGGGUGAAGGAAUCCUAACAGAUUUGACGCGGAACACGGCGACGGAACCCCACUUGUACGUGCCCCAAGCGCUGGCAUGUGUCAAUGGUAUCAUAUGUUUAGUUUACUAUCACCACCUCGAAUGCUGGGAUCUACCUCGACUCGCCUUGCUGCUCCUGAUAUUCUGGAUAUCGGCAGUUAUCGGCGAGUCUUUAAAACUCUACAGUGCUAUUGAGCAGCAAUUGUCAAGCGACCAUCUCAGAUGGUACACGAUCAGUGCAAGUAUUCUGCUCUACGGGUGCUAUGCAAUCAUCGAAAUCUGUUUUAUUUUAAGCCAGCCAUGUUGUGCCGGACGUAAACCGCCAGAUAUCCCCCGAGACCUGAGAAAGAAAUCAAUGCUUUACCACCAUCGCUAUGUUAAUCUCUUCUCACGGUAUUUGUACUGGUGGAUAUCCUGGUUACUGAGACAGGGAUAUAAACACCCGAUAGAGAAAAGCCAUUUAGGAUGCCUUCCAGACGAGCAUCGUACUAGAUAUCAGUACGAGUUAUUUAAAAGAGCCUACGAAGUUGAAGAGACAAGGGCUGCUAUACAUAAUACCACGCCCUCUAUGUGGAGAGCAUAUUUUGGAGCAUAUGGCAGACCAAUGAUUAUAUCGGGAAUUCUGAAGUUACUCGGUGAUUUGUUUAUACUUGUUGGUCCGGUCGCCAUUGGUGGAAUUGUGACGUACGCUGCAAAUUACGAGUCUGGCGAAGAUGGCGCUCAUCAAGUAGAAACACCGUACGUGACGAUCAGUGAAUUUUUCAGCAAUGGAUUUGUGUUAGUUGCUGUGAUGUUCCUGAGUACGGUGUACUACUCAAUAUACUACCAGACGCACUUUUAUAUAUGUACUAUAGAAAGUAUGCAUGUGAGAACUGCAAUACAGGCAUUUGUAUAUGAAAAGUCGCUACGUUUGUCGAGCUGGACGAUGACUGGUGGCGACAUGACUGUGGGUCAAAUCACCAAUCACAUGUCCACUGAUGCUAUUAAUGUUCUCGGAAUGUUUCAAUUCAUACAUUUCCUUUGGACCAGUAUAAUUCAGAUCAUCGUCAUAUUGGUAUUAUUGUACUUUGUACUGGGUGUAGCAGCUCUGCUGGGCGCGUUGACAUUAAUAUUGAUAUCACCAAUCCAGUUGAAAAUUGGUACUAUUAUGACCAGGAUACAUGAAAAUGUCCUGAUAUACACUGAUGACCGUUUGAAGAAAUCAAAUGAAUUAUUACACGGAAUUAAGUUGCUGAAACUGUAUGGUUGGGAGGAAUUGUUCUGUUCUGCUAUCGAAGUUGUGAGGAAAAACGAAAUCGUUCAAGUGAUGAAAGAAGGGAUGUACAUGGCCAUGACAUGGUGUUUGACAGACGUUGCUCCUUUAUUGGUGACAUUGGUGUCGUAUGCUGCAUACUACCCUUGGUUGAGUGAUACACCAUUGACACCGGACAUCGCGUUUGCAUCGCUGGCACUGUUCCAGUCACUCAUUAUACCAUUCUUCAUGGUACCCAUAGCACUUGGGUACUUCGUCAAUGGUCUUGUCAGUACAAACAGGCUUGAAAUAUUCUUUGCUGCGGCCGAGAUUGAGGAGAAAGACGACGGAAGACAACAAGAGUUGGUUAAUGAUGAUGAUAACGAUAGUGACGAGGAGUGGUAUAUAAACCAAGGACGAAAUGGUGGUGCUUACAAGAAAAAAUAUUUCCGCGAGAAUAUUAAACAGUCUGCAGUCGAGGAGACAAGCAUGAAAAAAGAAGAGUCCACAGAUAAAACAAAACUGUUGAGACAGGAGAAACCAACGUUGUAUGGUACCAUGAACAAGACGAUAUUCCCGGGUCACGACACUGCUGUCCAUUCAAUACCAUUAGAUGACCACCUAGCAAUACAGGUGAAAGGUGGUUACUUUGCGUGGGACCCCGAAGAUGACAGUGCGAUAUUGAGUGAUAUAGAUCUUGAUAUACAUAAAGGAAAACUAACAAUGAUAGUUGGAACUGUCGGGACAGGAAAAUCCUCCAUUUUAUCUGCGAUGCUGGGAGAAAUGACAACCAUCUCCGGCACAGUACAGUUUAAUGGGAACCAUGGUAACAUCUCAUAUUGCUCCCAGAAAGCCUGGUUACAGAACGCCACUUUGCGGGACAAUAUACUGUUUGGAGAGCAGUACAACAAUGAUAAAUACCAGUCUGUUUUGAGUGCCUGUGCUUUGCAUCCUGACAUUGACAUUCUACCAGCUGGUGAUCUGACAGAGAUUGGCGAGAAGGGUAUCAACCUCAGCGGAGGACAGAAACAGCGAGUCAGCGUUGCCAGAGCUAUAUAUAGCAAUACAGAUAUAGUUAUACUGGAUGACCCGUUAUCGGCUUUGGAUGUGCACGUUGGUCGUCAGCUUUUUAUGGAAGGAAUAAUCGAUUUGCUGAUUGAUAAUAAACGAACAGUGAUACUAGUAACUCACCAACUUCAGUAUCUGCAAUAUGCUGACAAGAUUGUUGUAAUGGACAAUGGUAAGAUACACAGACAAGGUGAAAUAGACAAGAUAGCCAAAGAGGAUCCCGAACUGUAUAAACAAUGGCGGGAGACGGUGCAGCUGCUGAGCGAGUCCGAAUCGGAAACGGAAGACGAUACAACUGUUCAAGAACGAGAAGAACUGAAAAAACAGAUAUCUGUGAUUGAAGACGAGAAACUAGAAGAAGAUGGAAAACUGAUAGAAGAAGAAGAACGAGAACGAGGAUCAAUUUCACUUGCCAUAUACAUGGUGUACUCUAAAGCGGUAAAAAUUCCCUAUGCCCUUCUGGCUAUUGCUUUGAAUGCCAUUUCUAUCGUUAUUAUGGCGAUCACCAAUUUCUGGUUAUCGGAAUGGUCAGAAGCGGGAUAUGAUGUAGCAAAUAAAACCGAGACUGAUAUCAAAGAUGACAAUGUCUACUAUCUGGGUGUGUACACUCUUUUCACGUUUAUAUCUGCCGCGACGUUACUACUUGUUUGUAUCACGAGUACGGUGUUUACUAUAUUGGCAGCCAAACGGAUACACCACUCCUUGUUACGAAACAUAAUCCACGCACCAAUGAGAUUCUUCGACACAACUCCGAUUGGUCGAAUUCUCAAUCGUUUCUCAAGCGAUACUCAGAUCAUAGACCAGAGGCUUUGGCAAACAAUUUAUUACGUAGUACAGUCUUAUCUCUGGGUGCUGGUAGCAAUCGUUGUCAACACCAUAGUCACUCCGUUCUAUAUAUUAUUCAUUAUACCUAUUACGAUAGUAUACUUCCUACUACAGACAUUCUUUAUUAGAACUUCAAGAGAGUUACAAAGAAUAGACAGUAUCACAAAGUCGCCGGUGUUUGCACAUUUCUCGGAAACCUUAACUGGUUUGUCUACUGUACGGGCAUAUAGGAUACAGAAACAGCUUCGACGUCGCAUCAUAGCUAAGAUAGAUGACAACAACAUAGCUUUCCUGUUUAUGAAAACAAUUAACAUAUGGCUGGGAAUCCGGCUUGACUUCAUUGGUUCGUUGAUGGUGCUACUGGUAGGCCUCAUCGCUCUCGUAACCGUGGCAUUGGGUAGCAUACAGUCAAGUUGGGUCGGACUCACCUUAACGUACGCACUAGCGGCGGCUACGAAUAUGAACUGGAUGGUGCGACAAACUGCGGAUAUGGAGAUGCAGAUGAACGCAGUGGAAAGAGUUAACCAUUAUACACACCUUGACACAGAGGACUACGAAGGAAAUUAUUAUAUUGUAUUCAACCCCCGCCACGAUUGGCCCGACAAAGGCGAAGUCAAAUUAGAAAAUGUUUGUGUGCGCUAUGCAACAACCUUAGAUCCGGUGUUGAACAACAUAACGCUACACUUCCGAGCAGGAGAAAAGAUUGGGAUAUGUGGUCGUACCGGAAGUGGUAAAUCGUCUCUGACGUUGGCAUUGUUUAGGAUGAUUGAUACAUUUCAAGGGCGUAUUAUGAUUGACGGUCUUGACAUAUCACAUGUCCCGUUACUGACACUACGAAAUAGACUGGCUAUCAUACCACAGGAUCCUGUACUAUUCACUGGAUCCAUCAGAUUUAACCUGGACCCCGAGAAAACAAGAACAGAUGAUGAACUUUGGGCGGCAUUGGAAAUUGCUCAACUCAAGACUCUUGUGUCUGAGCUAGAUAAUCAGUUAGACUCUCUGGUGACUGAAGGUGGUGAGAAUUUCAGUGUAGGUCAAAGACAACUAUUCUGUUUAGCGAGAGCGUUUCUAAGAAAGGCUAGGGUUCUGGUUAUGGAUGAAGCUACAGCGUCAAUUGAUAUGCAAACGGACGCCAUUCUGCAAAGCGUUGUGUCCACGGCUUUUGCUGACAGAACUGUCAUCACAAUUGCUCAUCGUAUAUCCAGCAUUCUUGACGCUGACACUGUAUUGGUCCUGAGUGACGGCAAUGUUGUAGAAUAUGAUACACCUAAAAUGUUGCUGGAUAAAGAAGAUUCAAUGUUUUCUUCCUUGGUUAAAGGAAACUAUGAUCAAGACUAG